AUGCUUAACUUGUCAAAGUUGAUUGCUGUUUUCGUCGCAUUGUUUCAACUCACGAAUGCUUUGCAUUUCUAUGUAAAGACUGGUGAAACUAAGUGUUUCUUUGAAGAAUUGCAGCAAGACACUCUUGUUGUUGGAAAGAUUGACGCUUAUGAAAAGAACGAUCAUUCCAAUGAAUACUCAAAGAAUGGAAAAUUGAAAGUUCAAAUUACAAUUGAUGAAACGUUUGACAACAAUCACAGAGUCAUUGAUCAAAAAUCAUCACCUAACGGAGAAUUCACAUUCACUUCCUUGGAUUCAGGAGAACACAAGUUCUGUUUAACCCCAGUGUAUUCUGAUAAUACUCAUAAUAAGGUACACCGUAUAUUUUUUGAUGUUGUCCAGGGAUCUACUCAUGAUUACGUUGAUUCUAAAUCUACCAAACUGGUUGACGAAUUAACGAAAAGAGUAAACAGCUUGUACGAAAAAUUGGACAAAAUUCAUUGGGAACAGGAAACCAUGAGGGAGAGAGAAGCUUUGUUUAGAGAUCAAAGUGAAUCUACAAACUCAAGAGUUGUCAAAUGGUCGAUUGUCCAAUUAUUUGUCUUGAUCGGUACAUGCGUUUAUCAAUUGCGUCACUUGAAAUCCUUUUUUGUCAAGCAAAAGAUUGUAUAA